AUGUUGACUGCAGCCAUUGAUUGUGUUAGAUUUUUGUUACGUCAGGGAUUAUCAUUUCGUGGGCAUGAUGAGUCUUCCAAUUCAGAUAAUCGAGGAAAUUAUUUAGAGCUACUUGAUUUUCUAGCUGAUCAUAAUGAGGAAAUUAAGAUAGUGGCAUCUCAAUAUGCUAGCUCCAAUCUGAAGUUAACUUCACCAAAAGUCCAUAAAGAAAUAUAUUUUGCUGCAUUAGCUCAAACUUUAACAUAUAUAAUGAAAGAUAUUGGUAACUCAUACUUCUUUCUUAUAGUUGAUGAAUCCCGUGAUAUUUCUACAAAAGAACAACUUGUUAUUGCAGUGCGAUAUGUGGAUAAGUUGGGCCAAGUGAUUGAAAGAUUUAUAGGCAUCAAACAUGUCACAUCAACUAAUAUAGUUACACUGAAGGUAGCCAUUGAAGAUAUUCUAGCUAAACACUCGUUGAGCAUACAUAGGAUACGUGGUCAAGGUUAUGAUGGGGCAUCCAAUAUGAGAGGGGAAUUUCAUGGUUUAAAGGCCAUAAUUCUAAAUGAUAACCCUCAACCAUUUUAUGUUCACUGUUUCGCUCAUCAACUCCAACUAUGUUUGGUAGCAGUGGCAAAAAAUCAUUGGCAAGUAAAACAACUUUUUGAGUUCACUUCUAGAAUAAUUAAUACUAUUGGGGUUUCUUUUAAGAGACCAGAUGCUCUUAAAAGUAUUCAGCAUGAGAAAGUACUUCUUCAUCUUAAAAAUGGAAAUCUUAUAAGUGGCAAAGGUUUGAAUCAAGAGACAAAUUUACAAAAAUCUAGUGAUACUCGUUGGAGUUCACAUUUGCAUUCUCUGAUUAGUCUUAUGCAUAUGUAUGCUUCUGUGAUCGAGGUGCUAGAGAUUGAUAAGGAUGAAGGGGUUCAUGAUCAGCAAUCAGUUGAAGUGGGUGUUCUAAUUGAUAUAAUGGAGUCUUUUGAUUUUAUCUUUUCAAUGCAUUUGAUGAUUGAUAUAUUGGGCAUUACGAAUGAGUUAUCACAAUCAUUGCAAAGAAAAGAUCAAGACAUUGAAAAUGCUAUGAAAUUGGUUUAA